GCAGAUUGCAGGGCCUGGCGCAUAUGUGCGCAAAAACGAGUUAAUUUGAGAACAAUGUUCAAAAUACUACAAUAUAGCUGUUCUUUCCUUUUGCGUGCCGUAUAUCCACCAAUGAACUGCAGGGAUUACCAAUUCGAGCCGCUCACGAUCCGUCUAAAGAACAUAAUAAGUAACGAUAUGUUUAGCUCUUGAUACGUUACAUGUACUGCGCGCUAGAGACAUUUUUGGUGUUUACAAGCAGGAAUGGGAUAAAUCCCUUAGAUCCAUUAUAGAGUUCAGUGGAUAAAUCUUGAUUACAAAUAUAGCUGCAUAGCUCAUAUUCCAUCAUAUUCAACAAAUUGCGCAGAUCGUUUAAAAGACAAAGUUACGGUGAACCAAUUUUGCUUUUCUUUAUGUUGUUUGCUACAGACGGCUCAUCGUACCACUACCAGUAUUUCAAUUUGUAUUCAUCCGUUUUAUCAUGAGGAAAGUGUUUGGCAUCUGCAAGUGUUUUUACACUGAAAAUAUAUUCUUAAAGGAAUUCAAUAUACAUGUCACAUACAUCAACAAGACACAGUUUUUGAAAGAUUAUUCGCCAAUUUUGAAAGAACUAGGGUGCAAAUGCCCUAAACAUAUUCCAGAACAGAUUGAGGAAGAAGUCACUCGCCGAAAGCAGCUGCAAGGCGAUUCCGCAUCCAGACAUAAGCACAUCAUUCAACGCUAUGUGCCAAAAAAUCCAUCUGUGUACAAAUUACAACCGUACUGCCUGCAGCCGGCGCUGCUGGAGCUGGUGACGCUCGCCCAGAGGCGCGAUGUCACGGCCGCCCAGCUGUCGGCGCGGCUGCGCUGCCUGCCGCAGCGGGUGUUCGCGCUGCCGCUGUUCACGCGCGAGUUCUGCCGCCACCUGCUGGAGGAGCUGCGCCACUUCGAGGCCUCCGACAUGCCCAAGGGCCGGCCCAACACCAUGAACAACCACGGGUUGCUGCUGGACGAGCUGGGCAUGAACCCGGAGUUUUUCGACGUGCUACGCGACGAGUACAUCCGUCCGAUUACGGCCGUGUUGUACCCAGAGUACGGUGGCGCCUCGCUCGACUCACACAGGGUGUUCGUGGUCAAGUACAAACUGGGCGAGGACGAGGACCUGGCCUGCCACUUCGACAACGCUGAGCUGUCGCUGAACGUGGCGCUGAACGAGGGCUACGAGGGCGGUGAGCUGUACCUGAGCCACAUGGCGGAGGGUCCGGCCACCGACGACCGGGUGGUUUACCGCCACCAGGUGGGCGUGGCCGCCCUCCACCGCGGGCAGCACCUGCACGGCGCCAUGCCCAUCGAGGACGGCGAGCGAUACAACCUGAUCAUGUGGCUGCGGUCGUCCGAGGUUCGCAACCAGCGGUGCCCGAUGUGUCGGCGCCGGCCCAACAUCCUGCCCGUGACGUUCGGUACCGGCGACGGCUUCGUGCAGUUCACGGAGGACGUGUGCGCGGCGACCUGAGCGGGCGGGCCGGCGCCGACGGAGGGGGCGGGGGCGGGGGCGGCUGAGUCACCGGAGCCGCCCCCGCCAGGUGUCGAGUGUUUGGUAAACGCGCCCGGUCGUCAGUCGCCGCCGCCUGACUCAACUGCGGCCGCGGAUAUAACCGCCGCCGCUGCGGAGUGAGCAGUGAUGACCGAGUUAUAUCCGUAUCGGAUUAACCGUGACCGUGUGAUGCGCGUUUUUGCGCUCAAAUUUCGGAGCGUUGUGUGUACCUUGCUUUUAAAGCUCUACUGUUGUGAUAUCAGUGAUAUAAAUCUAUGAGCCAUCACCUCUGUGUCGAAAAUCAUAGAACGUGCUUCAAUUCAUGCCUAUUUUUUUGUAGGACAUCGAAUGGGCAAAUGGUGCUAAAUAUUUGCAAAUAUGCUAUCAGUGAAAUUGUUAUAGUUGGAAUUACAUGAAAAUAAAAUGUCAAUUAACUUUAUA